AGUACAAAUGCUGCCUGUGAGUACAGUGAUCAAGUUCUGGGAGAUGCUCACUCAAGUGGAGUAUUGAAUUAUUAUUGUAUGCAACACAGAUGUUGAUACAAAAAAAAUUACAGCUUUUGAUUGGACAGCAAGUGUCACACAGGAAGAGUUCAUGUCACAUGUGUUCUUCUGUAUGACUAAGUUUGGAAUCCCUACCUUGAGAUCAAUAACAUACAUAUACAGAAGUGUAUGACUAUAUAAUUUAGUGAUUUGGAUUGUUUUUCAAUUCAUUAAGAUUGGUCUAUUUCAAUUAAAGUCUGGUUUCUAUUGUGAUACAAUAUUGACAAAAUGAAACAAGUGAGUUUGGGUUCUUGGAUGAAACUCUGUGUUUUAUGUCCUCCAUAAUUCUCCAUAAAGUAGAGACUGCAACUAGUUUACAACUGAGACUUGAAGCAGCUGCUGUGUCUGGUUGAACCAAGCAUCACAUCAACACUUCAGUUUUACCACCUUCCUAUUGAUUGAAACUCUGGAGGUACAGAGACUCACAUUCAGAGAUAUUGAUUUAGAUUUGGUGUUCAGCUCAACUGUGUUUGGCUAACAAUUCAGACAGAUGGAUUAACCUGGCUUACCCAAAAAUAAACAAAACUGGAUCGUCUUAGCCACAUUCUUCUGUUUCAUAAUCUUGUGGGAUAUUUAUUUAAGGAUGUGUUAAGAAUAUUCUUAUUAAAACAUGAUGUGACUGGGCCACUUUUGAAUAUCUCAACUCAUCAGUGGAUUAAUGAAUUACUUAUAGGUAGAAUUGAUUUCCUAUUGAUCUACAGAUAAAUAACAAGCUCCUGUGACAGAUAUGCAAAUCUUUUUGUUCACAACUAAUUUGAAUUAAUGCUCUUUUGAGUUGUCAAUAAACAAAGUAAAUCAGGAGAUUAGGGAAUUCAGAGUUUUUGUUGACAUUUAAGAACUGGAUCAAUACCAUCUGUAGCCCUGAGGACACAUUGGCAGAAUGAGUAACUGAACUGCACAGUUUUAGUCACUCUGUUGGUGUUGGCAACAUUAUUGCUGUGUGGUUUAGAGGGCUUGUGAUAGUUUUGUUUUAUGCUCGCUGGGAGUCAAUAUCAUUUUAAUGGUUCUGAAAACGUUAUUCUUGUAAGUACUAUGUGUUGAUAUAGUGAGAUACUAGUAUGGCCAGGCCCACCUGGCAGACCACAGCUUAUGACUCAUUCCUGGCAGCAAGUGACAUUUCCAAUGAUCAGUAUGGAUAUUAUGGUCAGUACUUAGAUGAUAUUAUUGAUGAAGACUGUGAUAACCAGCUGUACAUUGACCAGGACUACAUAAAGGUCACUUACACCGAUGAGCACCUGAAGGAAAGAGACUACUAUACCUAUGAGAGUGAAGGGAGGAACUAUAGUCAUCCCUUCCUCAAAGACAAGUUUUCUGAGCAAGCCAUCAGUGUUCCCAUACACACACAGAGUAUAGAUGAAGAGGAUUCUGUUCCAAAAGAAUCAAAGAAUGUGUUUGAGGUGAUAACCAAAGAGACUAUUCGUUGCUCUACCUCACCGAGUGGAUCUCCCAAAAGGGAUGCAAAGAAAGAGACUUUUCCAAAUGAACCAGCUUUCUUCACACUAAGACGCUCAGACACUGCUCCUCAGUUAAACAACAUCAGCAAAGAUUCUGCAUCAUUUAGUGUCACCAGCGACAGGUCCUCUCGCCUUGACCCCCACACAUAUCAGUCUUAUGCCGCUGGCAUUUUAUACUCCUCUGGAAAAUCAGAAAAAUUUCUCAAGCUGCAGAAACAUUUUGAAGUGCUGGGACGUAUUAGUGAACUUGAAGAAAAGACAAAGAACCAACUUGCUUGUAGGCAAGAGGUAAAUAGUGAAGAAGGAUUUGAUGAGAUAGAAGAAAUGACUGAACUUCUAAGUGAACUGGCAGACGCUCAAAAUAAGAAAGAGUUUUUCUACAAUACAACAGAUACGGAUAAAUUUCAUUGGAGACAAACUAAAGAAAAAGAUCUCCAAAAAUCAUUGGGAGUGAAAGACAGGCUUAACUUUUACAAGCAAGCCUUAAAAUCUGAAAACUCUUCUUACAAAAAAGAACAUGUUCCACGGGGCAAUGAAAUGAAAAGAGGUGUAUCUUUUGGAUCAUUAUACAGUGUCUAUGAUGACACUCAAAGUAAAAGUCAUAAAACAGAAGUUCAUGUUAAUCCUGAAAGAGAAAUCAGUACAAAACCUGCUCAGAAAUCUUAUAUUGAAAUAAUGGAAAAUGCUGCCAGACAAACCAAGAAAUUACCCAUUUAUGGCACAAACAUUGGUGUUAAAGAAAACCCUUAUGAAAAACAUGUGAAGGCAAAUGUUGGUGCACUGAGACAGGCUUAUGAUACACCUACUCUACAGUCUGCCACAUCUACACCUAACUUAUCAUACAAGGUUCACAAUGAUAAGAAACCAUACACAAGUUCCUUUCAGAGUCCACUUAAAACAGCAAGGUCAGAAUCUGAUUUGUCUACACCAAAGUUAUUGUAUGAACAAACUAGUGAUGAGGAAGAACAAUUUGUGGCUUCUUCCUUAGAGACUCUGCCAUCUUACAGUGAUCUAGAAUCUCAUUCCCAGCAGUAUCCAGUUCGUUCUCAUACGCCAGCUCCCCAGUUCAUGCAAGAUCAAUUCAGUGAUAAUUUGUCGACUGGAAGAACUGAUUCUGAAUGCUCAGAAACUACUGAAGUUGAAGUUUACCAGGUCAAAGUUGCUGAUGCAAAAUCAACAAACAGUUCAAAAAAUGAUUCCCUUGGAUUACACAUUAGAGCAUCAUCAGCUCCUCAUGCUGAAGGAACUCUCACAACUGCUCCAGAGCUCAACACUCUCACUAGAACAAACUCAUCUAGAGACACUUUUUUCAACUCUGAAGCUACGUUAGAACAUAAUGGAAAGAUAUUCAACAUAGAUCAUGAAACUAGUUCUAAGUCAUUUGAUGGUACUGCAACUCAGUUGAGUAUCACUGUUGAUGACAUACUUUUUAAAACACUUGGGUCAGCUGACACUAAACCAGAAUUUAUUGAUGUUGAUGAUCAGCUCAUUGAUGAAGGGAAUCAAGAUAGUCUGUUCAGAAGACCUCAGUCUAAAGACAUAUUUGCCAAACAUUUAGAUUCCACUCAUAAAGUUGGAAGUGGUCUCCACAAAUCUCCAGGGCUUGAUGAACAAACAAAGAAUUACACCAGAUCCAACAUCCACUCUUGGGGGUCAAGUCCAAGGCUUUUAAGUGACCAUUCAGAUAACGGCUCAUCAACCCCUACUACAGUAAUUAGUAAAUAUUCUACACCAAACAUCAGUCAGUAUGAAGAACUUAUCAAAAGAGCUCGUCGUGAGAGAUUGGCUAGGAAAGGUUAUCUCCACAGCUAUGUGAAUGACCCAGCUUCAGUUGGCUUUCAGCCUUAUACAUCUCUUACAGAGACAGACUUUAGAUUUAGAAAUGCUUACCCUUCAGAUUUAGAGAAACCUGGCACUGGAUGGACCAACCAGGAUAGUGAAAGAGAGAAUGCGUUAGAUAGGUUUCCUUUCCAAGUUUCUGUUCAAGGUCAAUCAUCAUCACUGGAUUUAGAUAGACAUAGAACUGAAAGUAAACCUACUCCUAUGGUGGCUCCAAGCCAAGAUGUCUCAACAAAAAAAUCAAUCUCUCAUAUAUCCAGCCAUCAUGACUAUGUCACUAAAAGAACAGAAGCCCCUUUUCAAUACUCCAAGCCUGGUACAAUGUCCCAUUUAUACCAUGAAGAAAAAACAAGUUUUGGCAAAGUAAUUUUAGAUAAAGACUCACAGGAUAGCCGAAGCAAAUAUCAAAUUUUACAAAGAGAAGACAAAUUUUUGAGGAAGUCUUCUGAAAAAUCUGAUGGUAAAUCCAGUAACAUGCCCGAUGUUAUAUUGGAUAAUAACAUAACAAAAGGCCAAAUGAAAGUUAGCAUGGACAAAUUUUCUGUUGAAGGCCCGUCUGUUUAUAAUGCAAAUACUUCAGUAAUACCUGAAUACAAGUCCACUUCAUUUAAAGUUGCAAAUCUGAGAAGACUAGCUGAGAAUAAUGAAUUUGCUGGGUCAACAUUUCCUAGAAUGAAAGUUACAGAUAAUUAUGUAGAGAAACAGAAACCUGGGCCUCAAUCAGACAAAGCUCACUCUUCAAAAUCUAUACAUACUAAUUUAGCUCAAAAAGAUGUAACUGUUCCUAAGCCUUUGCCAAGAACACAUCAAUCAAGUUUCACUAAGGAUGAAACAUUGAACAAACAAAACUUGAAUCAGUCAGAAACAUUUCUUGAAGUUAAAGGUCCAGGAGUAUUGUCUAGAUCUAUCUCACGUGUUAAUGAUCAAUCUGGCAAUAUAAAAAAAUGGACUUCAGUCACAGAUAUGAAAUCUCAUGCUGACCCAGACAGCUCUCCUAGUGCAAGCUAUUCAUCUGAUGGUAGUACAGGAACAUUUAUUGUAAAUCCCAGUGAGUAUGAGAGAACUUUAGCAAUGGAAAUUACUGUGCAAAGUAAAGCACAAAACCCUCAAAUGAUUGGCUAUCAUAAUGAAGACAGAUCAAGUCAGCAUCUCAAGUAUAUUGCUGGAGAUCCAAUUGGUACAAAUCUAAAGACAAGCUAUGGGAUUAGUGAAGAUGAGACCCAUAGAUCUAAGACAUUGACACAGAGCAAAGGUUCAUUUACAAGUCAACAGAAACCUUCUGUAUCUCAGUUAAAAAAUGUUUUUGAGCCUCUGCAGCAAUCUAUGUAUAGAACCAAGUCUGCACCUGACUUAUCUGACACUAAUGCAUCUUCCCUAUCUGUACAACGAAAUUCAUCUGGAAAUUUAGCUGAUCUCAAAAAGCAAUUUGAACCUAAGAAAAACUCAACAUCUACAAAAUCUUAUGGGAAUGAUAUGAAUCUGUUAGGAAAUUCUUCUUUGUCAAAGUCUGCAAGUGCUAUCCAUACAGUCACCAAACUGACAACUGACUCUAAAGGGAAGUUUGUAACAAAUAAAUCUCUGAGGAGAGAGUUCAAACAAGAGUUACCUCCCAAAGUUGCUCCUAAGCCACACAAUGACCCUUACAAUCCAACCAAUGUCUACAAAGACGUUCAAAGUGUUAGAGAAGGUAGACAACAUGACUUCCCUGGAGCCCAGACUCCUUCCAGUGUUGGAAAAAUGACUCUAGAAUAUUUUGAUCAGAUUGGAAGAGAGUGGAAAGUAGGUGGGGUUCUGAAAGCCAGGAGCAUGCACUUAAAUGGUUUCAGUUCUAAAGAGGCUGUCAACUCUCCCCCCAAGGGGAAUAACAGUUUCUAUGAAAAUUAUCAAACAGAUGACAUGAAAUUAAAACAAACUGUUGACCAGAUGAACUCUCACAGUGUUGCUAACAUUCUUGCUCAACAAUCUUCAAGGAAUUCAAACAGCAAUGAGAGCAAAGUCAAUUCAUUAAAUACUGACAAAGUCAAUGCACUUAAUAAAGUCAAUGCUUUCACCACUGACAGAAAGAAGCCAGUAGAAGAGAAGAAUGAUUUUAAUCCUAAUAUGACAUCUAAAACUCCUCAAACACUGAACAGAUCACAAGAGAAAGUUGCUAGCAAUAAGAAUUCAUCUUUUGAACAAAUUCUUGGUAAAUCUCAGUUAGUUUCUGUAUGGGUGAAUCAACAAGAACAAGAGCAACAACCACCUCCAGACAUACCCCCUCCUCCCUCCUCAACAUCCAUUUCAGCCUAUAACAUUUCAGCCCAUUUGUCAGCCUCAACCCCUUCCUUGACACCCCCUACCAAUGGCAGCAGUGCACAGAACCAGCAGACGAAAGCCUCUGCAACAAAGGAGCGUAUCCAAAAGAGCAAAGAGUUCUUCACAGCAGCCACCUCUUCUCAAGAGCAGACAAAGCCCAAUGCUUCAGGAUCUAGCCCUAGGAAUGGUUACGGAGGUCCAACCCCAUCACCUCCAACACGCAAUAGUUCUUCAAACAAAGGAACACAUUUUUCAGCCAAGUUCUCAAACUCCUAUUCUUCUACAAUGGACAACAAGAAGUCAAUGUAUGCCAGCAGCCCUUCCCUUUUGUCACCACCAGUGCCUCAAGGUGGAACCAAAGGGUUGAUAGGAAGCUAUGAAAACCUAUACGGAGGCAAAACUGCUAACAGCAACAUGGAUACUAGCUCUCCUAAGCCUAAAGUAGAUUUAGUUGAUGGACACUACAGGUCGCGUUCUGUCCAGUCCAGUAUUACAAGCCCUACAAUUUUAUCCCCUUCUGAAAGAUACAGAGACUCGGUUCCUGGAAGUAGCUGGCAGAGUACUAAUCGUGUAUCAGCAGCCGAACAGCUUGGUUUCAAACCUCAGUCCCCCACAUCUCCAUCCAAAGAUUUUCGCCAUCAAACUUCAGAUGUGAUCAGAAAGAGUUUACCAGUGGAUGAAAAAGAAAAGAAGAGAAAAGAAGAAGAUGUAGCAUACAGGAAGAAGAGACUGGAGGAACUGUAUGAAGAAGAAAGAAAGAAGCGCAUUCAAUUGGAUGCUGAGAGUAACUCUGCAAGACGGCAUCAUGACUUCUUUACAGCCAGUCAGAAGUCUCCCAUCUCACCCAAUCGUUUUGAUGAGCUCCCAAAUCAAACUCAAUCACGUCAAACUCUGUCUCCACCUCAGCAGCCCCAUGUACAGACUAGCAAGCUGACUACAACAUUGAGUGUACCACCCGAGAGACGAAGAGGUUUCCAAAUUCAGGGCAAAGCCAAAGCUUUGUAUAACUUCACAGCUCAGAACCCUAGAGAGUUGUCCUUUAGGAAAGGGGACACAAUCUACUUGCUUCGACAAAUAGAUAAAAACUGGUUCGAAGGAGAACAUCAUGGCAGAGCUGGCAUAUUCCCAGUGAAUUAUGUCGAGGUAUUAACCUCCAUAGAAGCUGCUCAUAUGGCAGCACUGGAUGCUGAGGGACAAGCCAGAGCCAGAUAUAAUUUUACAGGACAAUCAUCAGUGGAAUUGUCAUUAAGAAAGGGAGAAAAUGUAACACUUCUCAGACGAGUUGAUGAAAACUGGUUUGAAGGUCGUUCUGGUGGACGUCAAGGCAUUUUUCCUGCAGCCUAUGUCGAGAUCAUCCGAGAGCCCUCCACACCAUUAAUUACACCUGCACCAUCAGUCAUAACAACCCCUAUGACAGGAACUCCUGAGAUGUUAUCUCCAGUUAGCAUGGAGGCUCCAACACCACCUCCCCAACCCUCACCCAGUGCAUUUAACCAGCGUUCACCUGGCAGUCAGCCUUAUGCCUACAGACAACCACCCUCUGGUCAAAACAGAUUCAUGUAUGACUCACAACCUCAGGUUGAACUGAGGUCACCAGAUUUCACUGUCUAUGGUCAGAAGGGAGUGUUGAGUCCUCCGUCAAGUCGCAGAGGUUAUGGGGCCACACUUGACCGAUCAAGGACAUCUGAAAGUAUCAACCCAACUCCAGGAUCUAGCUUAAAUUAUGAUCUGACAUCAAGCAAAACAAGGUCAAAUAAAGUAGCUGAUGAUGACUUAGCAUUACAAAGGUAUAAAGCUAUUUACACAUAUAGGCCCCAGAGUGAGGAUGAAUUGGAGUUAAAAGAGGGAGAUGAGGUUUUUGUGAUGGAGAAAUGUGAUGAUGGCUGGUUUGUUGGUACAUCAGCUCGGACUGGUCAGUUUGGUACUUUCCCUGGAAACUAUGUACAAAAACAAUGAGACUAAACCAGUGGCUAUCAGAAACUCCACAAAACUGCAGCUCAUCACAAGAUCUGCACAAAGAAACUAUGUCAUCUCAUCUUCCGUCCUGGAUGACAGUAACUCUUGGUCUUCAAAUGAAAUAGAGAAUUGAAACUGUCAGCUGUUGUUGUUACUGGAAUAUUAACCAUAUCUUUAGAAAAAGAUUUUUAUCUAGGAUCAAAUGUGUCUACUGUUCUUAGGAUCAGAUUCCCAUCUAACAUUUUUUCAGAAGUUUUAGUUGUGUUGGUUUUUUUAAUUAAAUUAGGUAAAAAAAAAAAAGUUGUUUUUUUUUGCUUUCAUUUAUAGAAUGUUUUUUUUUUGUAGCCUUCUAUACCUAGACACUUAGAAUUAUUUUGUUUUAAUAACCCUAGCUAUAAAAUGAGCAACAUUUCUUAAACGAAAUUCAUUUUUGUUUUCUAAUAUUAAUUAUUGCAAGUUUUUGAUUUUAGAAAAGAGUACAAGAUAUGGUAUUUAAGAAAUCGUAAUGAAUAAUGCCAUACCAAUUGUUUUAAUUCAGCUUGCUUGAUGGCUGUGUGACAAUAAACUGUUAGCGUGUGGAAUGUGUUCUCUCUGGUAGUUUUCACUCAUUGAUAUAGCAUAAUGUAGUCACAUGGAUUGAUGUGUAUAUGUGCUACUUUAGCUCUAGCAGUGUGCUGUUUUAUUUGUACAAGUUUCAACACACUGAAUGUUCACAUGUUUAGGAGCAUUUCAAUGACUGGUAUAGUGCUUAGCUGAAUCUAAUAGUAAAACUGUGUGUGUGUGUAUAUAUAGCAUGAAUCUCAAGUUUUUUUUAUAUGAAGGGGUGGUGAAAGAGAACUUCUCUGUAUAAAUUUUAAAGAAAAUAAUUUUCUCUAUUUGAUCAAAUUUUAAAAAAUUGAAAACAAAGCUAAGUGAUUUAUUGCUACAGAUCAAAAAAACUUUUGUUUUCGCUAAAUGCAAGUAUUGACUGAAAUGAUUUAUGCAGCUACAAUCCAAGACAGUGAAAGACACUUCACUUUGUAAACUUUGUUUUAUGCCUUUUUCUUCAGUUGUUUCAAUUCAGUUUAUAUCCAUUGUUCAUGAAAGUUUGGCUAACUGAAGAUUAUUUUGUGCCUAUUUAAACUGUAAAAAAAAAAAAAAAAAAGAAGAAGAAAUGUUUAGGUCUAUGUACUUAAUCAAAUGAAAGAAAUAUUUUGUUUUCCAUGGCUAACCUCCAAAGUUUAGGAUAGUUGGCAUUUCAACAUUUUUAUAUGGCCUUAGUAGUUUGAUAGUUCACCAGGCAGUGAAGUCUGUAUAAUCAUUCUUCAACCAAAUGUUGACACUUCAAUAUUGAUAUCAGUUGUUUUGAAAUAGUUCUCUUAAGUUGACAUUAACACUGGUGAUGUGUCUACAUUUUAGUAAUAUUGUUUUACUAGUAACAUGUUAUAUGCUGGAUGGUAGACAUUUUACAUUUCUGUGUCAUAUUUGAAGCAUCCUAUACACUUGCUGUAUUGGUCCUAACAUUUGUUCUACAGUUAAAAGAGAACAUAGAAAUGCUUUUUUUUUGUUUUAACUUCUUGUUGAUAAUUCUGUAAUCUAAAAAGAAAUCUGAAUGCUAUUUAAAAGCUAAAUGAUUUCAUGGUGAAUGUAUAUAAAUGAGGAGCAAUUUAUUAAUUUAAAUUUUUCAGUCUACUUUCUAACAGUUUGACUUUGUGUAUAGAAUUAAUCUCUCUCAAUGUCCAAUGCUAUUCAUGUAUUCCAGUAAUAUUGAUAUCAGAGCAGUCCUAAUGGUGCUAGAACAUUUUUAGAGUUGUUUUGUUUUGAACUUGUGUAUGUCAACCUGUGGUACAGUAGAGCUAAUUCUGAUUCUGCUGUAUAUAUAUAUAUAUCUAUACAUAUUUAAAUGUUCUUUCAGGUUAUUUUACAUAAUAUUUUUACUCCGCUGUAUAACUCAAUUAACCACAAACACACAAGUGCUUAUCUUUAUUUAGACUGGGAGAUCAUUUUUUCUCCAUGUUCAUCUUUUGUUCAGUAUAUCUUUUGUUUCUUGUGUUUUUAAGUGUCAAUUAUUUAUAUAUUCCCUGUAUAUCUGCUGAGCAGUAGUAUUUGUAACUUGUCAUACUAGGCAUUGAUUGGUUUUAAAAGUAGGCAGACUUUUUUUUUUUUUUUUGCCUUUGUUGUUACCCAAUAUUUUGUUUUAUCCUGCAUGCACACUGCAAUGAAAAAAAGAGUUUUCACAAUUUUUAAUCUGAACAGUGGAAAAAUGAGCUAAAUAUUUAUAGAUUUAUUUAUAUAUUCUUAUUUAUUUUACCAUCACUAUCUAGCAAUGUAAGAAAGUUACAACAAAAAGUUGUACAUGUAUUCUACCAACAAACUCUGUUGUAUCCAUACAUGCAAAUAGAGCAAAAUUUUAACAAUGGGAUUAUUUGAAGAAAUUUAGUGUUUAUUGCAUUAGUUUUUUUUUUGUGAUUUAUGUGGGCUCCAUUAAUCAAGAACAAACAUAAUAAGAUUUAUAGACAAAAUCCUUUGAACAAAAUAUCUCUGAUUCUCAAUUUUAAUAACUGAACAAACUUGAUGCUUACCUUUUUAAAGGAUGAAGUUGUGUCUGUAGGCUAGAAGACUUUUUUUUUUUGUUCUUCACUUUUUGUUACUAGUGCUGUCAUUCAAAGUGUAAUGCUGUUUGUAAACUGCAGUCCUGAUGAAGCUUGAGUUUUUCUGCAUGAUAGUUUUAGACUUAGGAUUUGAAAUAGUGAACAUAUAAAGUACUGGUACAGUACUGGUGUUAUAGAAGGAAACUUUCUAAUGCAGGAGGUCAAACAACUCUGUGGGUUGUGAUCUGUAUAAUAAAUACAGUAGCUAGUGUACUACUGAUGGAUUCAGUUCAUUUUGUGCCAAGUUCUUGUACAGUGUUUUAAAUAUGCAACACUCAUCACUACUUAGAAAAGGAUUGUAAUGAGAACAAUACUAUUCAGUGAGGGGCUGACUUAGUUGAAGAGUUGUGGCAAGAGGUUUUUUUUUUUGUAAACUUCAUCUUCAAAAUUGUUUCAUAUUAUUUUUUUUCAUUCUUAAACAUGUAAUUAUUAGUUUAUCCCCAAGAAAUUAUUUGUAUCACCAAAAAAGGCUUGACUAUUGGAAGACAACAAAAAUAAAUAAAUAAAUAAACUUACUACACUUAGGUAUUUAAAGGAAAUGACAAUCACCAUAGACAAAAAAUAAUAACUAUAACAAAACAAAUUUAAAGCAGGUUUGAAGGGAAUAAAAACUGAAUUAGUUUUAGUCUUUGUUCUUAAUUAUUUAUUUUUUUUUGUUUGGGUUUUCAGAAUUUAUUGUUUUUAUUUUAAGUCAUUUUCAAUUUCGUUGAAGACAUCUACAAGAAAGUUGUUUCAAUUAAUUUCAUUUCUUUAGUUUCUGUGAGUCCUGGCAUAAUCAAAAUCGGUUGUUCAAUUAAGUUUACUGGAUCUCUCAGAAAUAGUUAAGUUUAUUUAGCCAUUAGCAGGUGUGAGAGUCGGGUUGUUUUUUUAACAUGUGAUUGAUGGAUUGCACACAGACAUUUUGGGUUUGAGACUUUGCUCCUCUCCUGUGCUGGUGAUUUCAAACUUAUUUAAAUUUAAAAACAAACCUACAAAAAUAAAGUAUUGGUUAGAGAAAUUAA